UGCAGAGGGAGGGUGCAGCUUCUGAAUGUGUCGGUGCACGUGAGUUGCUAGCCAAGCAACCCAUGGUAAGGGUGGCUCUGAGCAGGCUUUCUGGUCGCACAUUUGAUGAUGACUAGUGCUGCCAGACCAGGGCUAUUCGCACACACAAACAAGAAGCCAGAGCUACGUUUGAGGAUUAUCCUGGAAAACCGUUGGGACACGCUCCGUGUUUGUUCAUCCCACAUCUCUAACGGAGCCAAGUCGUAAUGGCACAGCGUAGGUGCCAUCAGGUCUGCCCCACACAAACAAAAAGCCAGAAAACGUGCCUGUCUUGAUGGACACGGUCAUUUUCUUCUUUCUCAGUGUAGGAGAAGGUAGUGUACUUUCUGACAGAGAGCAAAAGGAAGAGAGAAAAGCAACAGCAAACACGACUAACUAACUCAGGCGACACAGGAAAAUGAGGAAGUAAACACACCACACCAACAGAAAAAGUCUCAUCUUUCUACACAUUUCCCCAUUCUUAAUACUUUGCUCAAGGCUUCUGUCAGCAGAGGAACAGCAGAUGAAGCGGAGGCAGCCCAAGACCCCUCUCUGAGACAGUUGCUGCCAGGCUUGCUCAGCCUGUUUCAAGCAAUGGGAGACUUUGCAAAUGGGAGUACUGUCGGUAACUCCAGCGGAGCACCCUCCUCUGCACCGUGCCACCGAGACAUCACAGUCACCCACCUGGUCUUCCCAGUCCUGUACACACUUGUCUUCCUUCUGGGACUCAUACUGAACAGCCUGGCUUUUUGGGCUUUCUUCCAUAUUCCAAGCACGUCAACUUUCAUUGUCUACCUGAAAAAUAUCUUAGUUUCUGAUUUUAUAAUGACCCUGAUGCUUCCUCUGAAAAUCCUGACGGACUCUGGCCUGGGACCGUGGCAACUCAAAGCCUUCGUCUGUCGCUUCUCAGCCGUAGUAUUUUAUGACACCAUGUAUAUUAGCAUAGUGCUACUUGGUCUCAUUGCUUUUGACAGAUUUCUCAAGAUUGUGAGGCCUUUUGGGAAGUUUUGGGUGCAAAACCUGACCUCAGCAAAGAUCUUGGCGGUUCUGGUCUGGCUCUUCUUCUUUCUUCUCUCGCUGCCUAACAUGAUCUUAUCGAACAAGAAAGCAACGCCCCAAUCCGUGAAGAAGUGUGCCUCGUUGAAGAAUUACUUCGGACUCAAAUGGCACGAAGUUGUCAAUUAUAUCUGUCAGUUUGUCUUCUGGACUGUUCUCAUCCUCAUGUUUCUAUUUUAUAUAAUUAUUGCCAAAAAGGUAUAUGAGUCUUAUAUAAAAACACAGAAGAAAGACAACAAAAGUGAAAAAAGGAUCAAGGGGAAAGUAUUCAUCAUUUUUACUGUGUUUUUCUUAUGCUUUGCCCCCUUUCAUUUUAGCAGGGUUCCCUAUACUCUGAGUCAGACGACCACCCGAAUGGACUGCCAGCUGCAGAACCAGCUCUAUGUUGCGAAAGAAAGCACGCUGUGGCUGGCUGCCACCAACGUCUGCAUGGACCCCCUGAUAUACAUGUUCUUGUGCAAACCGUUUGUAGAAAAGGUGUUAUGCAGGAGAGUAAAGUCAUUUCGGAAAACAGUUCAUACAAACCCAAAAACCGAACUGGACACACGAGUAUCUCCUACCGAAUCUUGAUUCUGCAGCUUCACGCUCUACAGUCUCUGCAUAUUCACAGGGAAGUUAAAAAAUAAUUUGUUUUUACUUCUGCUGUAGAAAAUUAAAGGGGGGUUGUACUGUAAUAUUAAUACUUAAUAAAAACAGCAAAAUGAAUUUCCCUAUUUAUGCUCCCUGCUUAGCUUUAAGAGGCCAAAAGCUGUCGCUCAGAGUGCCGGCCCCGACCUAACGCGGCUCUUCCCCGAGCAGCGCUCUCUCAUCCACGCCGCCGUCGCUGAUGAAGGCUGCGGAAGCCCGGCCGUGCCUUGGCUGUGCCUGCCCUGCCACAGCGCUGCCGCGCUCGCACCGCAGAGCCCCGCGCUUCCCAGGAGUCACUCGUGCGACCCCACAGCCAUAGCCGCAUCGCUCUGAAGAGGAAAUAGCAUCGAUGGUGCAUGAAACUAGCAGUGAUCAGUGUGUAGUGUGCUGCUGCUGUGCUGGCUCUGCAGGGCUAACGAGAACAGAGAUGUUUCCGAUGUGGUCACUAAAUCACGUCCACCUCACAGAAUACAGACAAACCAUAGCCUAUGAAUUAAAAUACUUUCCUAUAACUUAAGACAAUCUACAGAAUAAUUCUAUCAUCUGCUUUAAACAAAAAAAAAAAAUACAAAGUAUAUUAAAAAGCCUGUUCAAAUUUACCUCAGCCCUCAGCAAUGCUUCCUUGCUC